AUGGCGUCUGUCGACGACCUCUCUCGGUCCGAGUACCCAGCGAUGCUGGCGAACCUGCAGCCGAGCCAGGCCGUGCAAGUGCUCUCGGACCGGGUCAAACGCAUAGCAAGAGCCAACCAGGAGAUCGCAGAUUGGCUUCAGCAAUAUGUCGCCGGCCUUCGCAAGCUGUUGGUCUUCAAGGUGCCAAAUGCUGCAUCUGAGCUCGGCAUAUUCCAAGCUCCAUGGGACAAGAUUCUCAGCUCGACCGAUGGCAUUGCCGCCUCGCACCAGCUGUUCGCCCAGCGCAUCGACAAAGACGUCGAGCAGCCCCUUCGCAAUUUUCAGAACAGAAAGGAGAUGCAGAAUAUGCAGACGAUCAGCGCAAAUCUCAGUGCCAUGGCCAAGGAAUUGGAAGAUGCGACCGAAAAGUCGGAAAAACUGAGCAAAAAGGGAGGGAAAGCCAAUGCGCAGAAAGUCGACCAGGCUGCGGCUAGGCUGGAGUCGGCCACCCAGACAUGGGAGUCCCAGGCCCCCUUCAUUUACGAGACGCUACAAGCUCUGGAUGAACAGCGUAUAAACCACCUACGCGAUGUCCUGACGCAGUUCGAGACUCAUGAGGUCGAUCAAGCCACACGAACCCAGGCGGCUGCCGAGGAGGUGCUCAACGUGAUGCUCGAAGUCAAUACUGCCCAGGAGAUUCAGAACUUCGUACAAAGGACAGUUGCGGGAAAGCCAAAGGUUGAAAAGAAGUCUUUCACACGGCAACCAACUCCGGUCACCCCGACCGCUGCCCCUUCUAGCAUCACUGGGGAUGACGGAAGCGAGCAUUCGGGCCACAGAGAAAAUAACCCUCCUGAGUCCAAACUGCGAAGCCGGAUUGGCACCAUGCUCGGCCGCCGGCGACAGAGUGUCCACGGCGGCUUUGGCCAGCUCGGCUCUCCUCCAAAGAGUCUCGGCUCCUUCUCGCGCGGUCUUGGAAGCAGCCACAGCCAGACGCUCUCCCCUCGGGCCUCAUCUCAUAACCUAACUGGUUCCCAGCACAGGCUGCCGUCGGUAGUUGAGAGCCCAACUGGUGAGCAAGGUCGGGACUCCACCGCCGAAAACGAACAGGCCAAGCUUUCUCACGAAGGCACCAACGGAGACGCCAGCGGAGAGGGUCCCAAGGAUACGCAGCCGUCACAGCCCAGUCUCUUGAACGGAACCGCAGAGGAUAUCUUUGACGCUCCGGGAACGGCUCCGCCAUCUCAGCAGCGAGGCAGGGGUGAGCCGGACAAGGACGCCGACGGUUUCACAAUACCGCCACAAAUGAAUGAUCCCAUCUCUCAGGCACAGAGAGAAGCGGCAGCUGAGGAAGGUGACCACCCGUUCAAGCUCAAUAUCAAGAACGAGCCGAUUCCCGAAGAGGACCAGGACGCGAAGCAGGCAGCCUUGUCAAGUGUCGCGAACGCCCUGAACAUGGGAAUGCCCACGCGCAGGACAGGCACCGUCCGAGGCAGAAGAGAAGUGCGAAACACAGUCUACAUGCCGUCUCUGCCAACGCACGAUAUCUCGCCUGAACAUCCAUUCCCGGUUUCCCCUUCACUGCCAACAAGUGCCACCGUGCCGAAGCCCACCCCGCCGGCAACAUUCACCUCUGAGACCAGCCGUGCGUCCGAUACCCAGUCAAUCCGAUCCGGCACGUCGUUUGGAGGGGGGUCAUCAUAUAGCGGCAUUGCGCGGAUCAAACACCCAGAAAUGUCCGGGCCCGUCUACGGCCCUGGCCUGCAUUCUUCCAUCAUCGAGACCGUCUCUGCCGUGUUUCAAAAUGGCGAGCCUAGCUGGGUCAGAGUGACGGGUGAGGUCGCUCUCUCCUAUGUCUCUGACCCUGAGGCCCCAUUCGCAGACCACGAAACAAUUCGCCUAAACAACUUUUCCACCCUUGAAUCCAUCGGGCCCAACCGUGCUGUGGUUGCCAACACCGCCAAUCCCGAUGAGUUCUCCGUCGACCUCUCCCAUCUCACCACCACCACACCGGUCUUCACCUACCGCGUGCACGCCGACUCGGACACGGCCUUGGCAUCACAAUGUCCCAUCACCAUCAGCCCUGUUUGGAAGCCCCAAGCCGACAAACUCGGCCUCCUUCUACAAUAUCGCCUCAACCCGUCUUGCGCUCUCCCGCGGCCCAUCACAUUGUCUAACGUGGUCUUCAUCGCCACUUACGAGGGCGCUCGCGCAAGUGGCGUGCAGACCAAACCCUCAGGCACCCACCUCAAGGACAAGCACAUCGUGUACUGGCGCCUUGGAGACGUGACGCUUACGGAAGAGUGGUCUAAGAUCAUUUGCCGCAUCAUUGGCGAGCAAAACGCCGAGCCAAUGCCCGGGAAGGUCGAAGUCCGCUGGGAAUGGACGCCACCAGCGCACUCCGCUUCCGAGGGGGGCAGUGGGAUCUCAGUUGCCAGGUUGCUGCCCGAGGAGAAGGGGAAGGGCAAGGCGGUUGAGGUCGAGGAGGAAGACCCGUUUGCGGAUGCUAGCUCGGUACCGCCGUCGCCGGAUCCUACCGGGCAGCAGGGGAGGGCGUGGGCAGAUGUGCCGGUCGUGAAGAGGCUAGUGUCGGGGAAAUACGAAUCUAAGUAG